AGGGUUUUCUCAACCAAGACAGCAAGAGCGAGCAAGGCUUCUGGAGUACCUUCUCAAUUCCCGUCAAUCGUGGUGGCGAAUCGAGUUCACGUACGCAGAACAACACCUCCGUCUUGUUCUUGUCUUUCUUCUUUUGAAAUCACGGUGAGUGUGGGUGUGCGUGUGCAGUCUUCCUCGCUCUUCACACCUCGCAUCUCUCGUGGUAUUCUUCACUUCUCUUUUUCCGUAAUUCCCCGACAACGCAGACGUGCUUGGCCACAUCAACUACACACAAAAAACAGAAAGAAAGAAACGAGCCAUCAAACUCAGACAUGUCGUCCGCCUCUCAAAUGUUGCCGCAGGCGCAGCAGCGCCUCUUCGACAAGAUGAAUCGCGAGUACUCUAACCGCGAGUACACCAAGGCCCUGCGCACCUCGGACGGCAUUCUCAGCAUUGCCCCAGAGCACGUCGACACCCUCGCCGUGCGCGGACUCAUUCUGUACAACUUGGAGCGCAUCGAGGAGGGCUACGACACCAUCAAGCAGGCCAUCCUCUUCAACCCCCGCUCCAUGGUGGCGUGGCACUCGCUGGGCAUGUGUCAGCGUCUCGACAAGAAGUACGCCGAGGCGCUGAAGGCCUUCAAGCGGGCGCUGAGCUUUGACGCGACGAACACGGAGGUGCUGCGCGACGUCGCCUCUGCCUGCAUUCAGGUGCGCGACUGGGCGCAGUUUCUCGACAUGCGGGAGAAGAUGGUGACGGCGAAGUCGAGCGUGCGUGCGAACUGGAUCGCCGUCUCGUGCGGACACCGCCUCCUCGGCCACAGCAAACUGGCGGCCGCCGUGAUGGACGUGAUGACGUCGAUCAUGGACGCCGGUGACACCCCGGUCGAGGUGAGCGAGGCAAAUCUCUACCGCGUAGAGCUGGAGCUGGAGAGCGGCGCCCCCCAGCGUGCCCUGGAGCUGCUGAAGCAGCACGACGCCGACAUCAUUGACGCAGAGACGAAACUGCUGCUGCGGGCGAAGGCGCACGCACAGCUCGGCCGGCACGGCGAGGCCGAGAAGCGCUACAUGGAGGUGAUCGGCAGCGGGGUGUCGGAGGCGGACAGCAUCGCCGCGCUCGCCCAGUUGCAGAAGAUCCCGCUGGACCGCUACCUCCGCCCGCUGCCGGGGCACACGGAGAAGUACAUGGAGAUUUUGGACCGGGUGCUGGCGGCUUACCCGAAGUGCGACUACGCGAGGCGCCACGCCCUCGACUGCAUGCCACUGGAACACUUCCGCGAGCGUCUGGCCGCCUUUGCCACGCCGUACAUUCAGCGCAUGAUCCCGUCGCUUUUCAGCGUGCUCAAGUCCCUCUACGUUGACCCGGCCCGUGCGGCGCAGAUCGGCGAUGUCUUCACGGCAAUGGAGCGGGAACUGGAGGCGAAGGACUUUGGGCGGUUUGGCGGGGAGGCGAAUCCGUGCUUCAUCCUGUGGGUGCACACCUUCCUCGCGUCGCAUCACCGUCGCAUGGGCGACUACGGCAAGGCACACGAGUUCAUCGACAAGGCCAUCGCCCACACCCCGACGCUGGAACUGUUGUACCUGGAAAAGGCAAAGAUACUCGCGCGCGAGGGCAAGACGGCCGAGGCGGCGCAGCAGGCGGACUUCGCACGUGAACUGGACCUGCAGGACAAGUAUUUGAAUAGCAAGGCGGCCAAGUACUACUUCCGCGACAACCAAAUUGAGAAAGGCGAGAGCACGAUGCAGCUGUUUUACAAGGUUUCUGUGGUGGAGGGAGACACCUACUUGACGGCGCUCGAGUCGCAAUGCUACUGGUACGAGCGCGAGGUGGGCGAGGCCUACUACCGCAAAGGCGACUACAUCUCUGCCCUGCAGAACCUCCUCAUGUUUGAGCGCCACCACGAGCAGAACCACUGCGAGCUGAGCGACUUCCACAACUACGUCUUUCGCCGCAAUACGAUGCGGUCGUGGUUUGAUGUGCUGGAGUGCGACGAGAAGAUGGACCGCAACAAGUUCUUCUUGAAGUUCUGCCCGGCGCUGGUGCGCACGUACAUGCAGAUCCACGCACAGGGCGAGGAGGCGGUGCGGGCGGCGCACGUGCCGAGGCCGGAGCUGCGGCUGGACAACGUCAGCGCCGACGAGGUGAAGCGGAUCAAGCAGCAGCAGACGGAUUACUGCCUGACGGACAUUGACCUGUCAGCACCGCUUCUCAAGGCAAACCGCUACAUGGAGUUCUUGCUGAAGCACCGCGAGGCGGAGACGAGCACGCACGUCCUCGCCGUGGAGUUUUACACGGUGGCCGAGAAGCCGUUGCUUGUGGCGCGUGCGCUGCGGCAUCUUCACCGGCUGCAGUACAGCAAGACGAAGGAGCUCGUCGCGGCGUUCAAAGCGGGCUUGUACGCCACAGCGAAGUCCACGACGGAUGCCCGUGUGCAGGCUGUCGUGGAUGAGAUUGUUGACGCCGUGAGUGCCUAA